AGGGUGGAGCCGAGAAGGGCAGGCUCAGAGCCAGGGGGAUAAAUAAGGCUUUAGGGGUUUGUUUAAGACAUACAAAAGUGAAGAGUCAGACGUGAAACCUUUUUUCAGGUGGAGACAGCAGAGAACCAUGGAAAUUCUCUUUUCUGUUUUGCUGGGAACCCUGUUGUUUGUGGAAUCAGCUCACUGCCGGCAGUGUUACAUGUGCUCUAGGGUUAAGGACCUCAGCUUGUGUAAGAUAAAGAAAUGCAAUGAUGGAGAAAACACCUGCACCAAGACUGUGGUGACUUCAGAUGUGGAGUUUAAAAUGAAGUCAUACAUCAUGGACUGUGCUACUUCCUGUGAAGAUUAUAAAAAGUUAUUUUUGAAGACUACAUCCCAUGGAAUCAAGGUGGAUGUGUCCUGUUGCAACACUGACCUUUGUAAUGGUGUGGGUGGGGUCAGGAACAACCCCUGGGCCCUGAUGGGAGCACUCCUCCUCAGCCUGGGACCUGCCCUUCUUUGGGUUGGGUUAUGAGAAACUUCCUUUCUCAUCAGCUUCUUCUGACUAGACCUUCCUUCUGGUACCAAGCCCAUGAAGGUGGUGCUCCUGUUUUAGUCCCAUCUCAGUUCAGACUUUGGGUGAGAGCUUUGGCAUUCCCAAAGGAAUAGACAUAAAGCCUCCCUCUCUCUCACCCAGUCACCCUUCCUUUUCUCCUUAUCUUGUAGAAUUCCUCCCUCAUUGGCUCCCAAUCUGUCAGUUCUUUCUUUAUUCUAAUAUAUAUCCCUGGAAAAGAUUUUCCUCUUCCUUCUUUUUGCUUCAGUAUUAUUGUUCUGAAAUCCCCUUGGGAGUGUUAAUUGUUAAGUUUUCUUUGAGGAGAGAGAAGGAUUCUGAGUCCCAGCACACAAUGGAGGGAAGGGGAAUCCAGGCAUAUGGGAGAUGGACAGAAAAGAACAAAA